AUGGAUUUGGGGAAAUCAGUUGCUGUGCUUGGGAACAAGUGUGCUGAUUCCACCUACCAUAACCUCGACCCCAUUUUCAACGAUCCCAGCGCCAUUGACCCCAAAUGGUACGGUUGGCAAUACAGGCUGAAGAAGAUGGACAGGAAGGUUAAAAAGAUGGACAAGUUUGUGGCUGCAACGGAGCAGCUCCACACAGAACUCCAAGUGCUGGUGGAUAGCGAGCAGAGUCUGAAGCGGAUGCGAGCCGGUGCCAACUUUGGAAAGAUGAGACUGAUUGAGUGCCAACACAGAGUCCUGUGGCAGCGCCAGGAGGUGAAGUCCCUUCAGGAGAUGUCUCCCUGGGUGAGAACGUACGACUAUGUGGUUCGGCUUCUCCUCAGAUCCCUCUUCACCAUCAUUGAGAGGAUCAAGUAUGCUUUUGGGAGUGGUGGAGGUGAUUGGUUCCCUAGUCGUUGCAAUUCAAUGCCUCGCCUCGAGCAAACGUCUUCUGAGAGCAAUGAUAAUCACGGAGCUUGCAUUAGGAGGACAUGGUCAAAUUCUGCCUCACGAGCUUGCAAGAGCAAAAUGAAGGGCUAUGAUCGGACUUCUUCGUCCAUUCGCUGUGGGAUGCAGCAACCUGUGAUAGGUAGACGCCUUGGCUUGAAAGGCUGCAUGACAGGUGGUGGGAUUGAGUCUCCUGUUUUAGAGAACUAUUACACGCACUCCUGUGGCAGCUCGUACGCAGGGUCUGAGAACGAUGCUAACGAGAUAGAAGAGGCGUGCACUGUUAGGCGUCUCGCCAUACUAUCCAGGGAUGGAUCUUUCUUUCUUGCCAAACGUCGUCUGUUGAAUGCUCCACCAUCGACUCUUGGCUAUGCGGCUCUGGCUCUCCACUACGCUCAUGUGAUUGUAUUGAUGGAGAAGCUAGCUUCGUCUCCUCACUUGAUCAGUCUCGAUGCAAGGGACGAUCUCUAUGAUAUGCUACCUUCGUCUAUUAGGAGGAGUCUAAGGGCGAAGCUGAAGGCAUUUUCCGCAACCCUGGAUUCGUUCGAGUACAAUGCUGCCUUGGCAGCUGAGUUGAGCUCAGAAGUUGCUGGCAUUUUGGAAUGGCUGUCUCCACUUGCUCGGAACAUGAUACGAUGGCAAUCGGAACGGAAUUUCGAAAGGGAGAGGGUGGUUUGUGGGUCAAACAUACUACUCGUGCAGACACUUUACUUUGCAAACCAGGCAGACACGGAGGAAGCAAUCACGGAGCUUCUGAUGAGGCUAAGUUACCUAUUUCAUUUUGGCAGAAAUACAAAUUUACGAGAGCCUUCUGGUAGUAGAGCAUAUGAUGAUUAUUUCUUUACAAGGGAUAACAUGUACUACGAUGCAAUUGAUCAUAUACAAUAG